CUCUCAUGAAUAUGAUACUUAUAUUUCUUUCUCUUCUAAGCUUGCUGAGUUUCGUAGAAGAAGCUAAUUCACUUCCGAGAUAUCUUGCCCAUGAAUGCCCGAACACCACUUCCAACAACGACAGCGCCUUUCAAACAAACCUCGGUCUUUUCUUGGCUGAUCUUGCCAGGCAGGCUUAUCUCAACGAUAAAUAUUCCAUCGGUUUCUACAACGCUACCAAAGGCAAUGACCCUGACAAGUUGUAUGCCCUCUUUCUUUGCAGCGGCGAUGUCAAUAUGGAAACCUGUCAACGCUGUGUUAAUGUUGCAACCACAAACUUAACUACUGAUCUUUGUCCUUCUAGGGAACAAAGUAUAAUAUGGUACGAUGAGUGCCUUUUCCGCUAUUCAAACCAGUCCUUCUUUUCUAUCAUGAGCCAAUAUCCCAACGCUAUAUUGUAUAAUGUGAAUAAUAUUACAGACGAUGCAGACAUAUUUGCAGAAAAAGUUAACAGUUUGUUGACCGAGACUACAGCUGAGGUUGUAAACAGUUCAAAAAUGUUUGCAACCAGAAAGGUUAAUUUUACCGCUCUUAGUACACUGUAUGGCCUACUGCAGUGCACGCCGGACCUGUCAAAACUUGAUUGCAAUACAUGUCUCGAAGACGCUAUCUCAACAAUGAGAUCGUAUUCAAGACAAGUUGGAGCAAGAGUGAUGCUUCCAAGUUGUAAUGUCCGCUUCGAACUGUACCCGUUCUAUAAUGAAAGUGUGCCACCGGCACCUCCACCACUUCUGUCUCCACUUCCACCUCCACCUCCGCUUCCUUCCAAAAGUAACGUUAGAAAUACGAUCCCACCUCCACCUCCACCUCCACCUCCACUUCCUUCCAAAGAGGAGAAAUUAACCAAUGAUCAUGAAGUUCAAGUACUUCACUUGGGAGAGAAUAGUGCUGGAGGUGAUUAUCCAUAUAAUAUAAUACAAGGACAAGAAUCUCAAGAGUUUCCUCAUUUUCCAUUAAGCAUCAUACUAGAGGCCACACAUAAUUUUUGUGAUGAAAAUAAGCUUGGUGAAGGUGGGUUUGGCCCCGUGUACAAGGGAAUAUUAGUGGAUGGUAAGGAAAUUGCAGUGAAGAGGCUUUCAAGAACUUCUGGACAAGGGCUAAGAGAGUUAAAAAAUGAAGUAACUUUAAUUUCCAAAUUACAACACAAAAAUCUUGUGAGACUUUUGGGCUGCUGCUUGGAGCGGAAUGAGUCGAUGCUCAUUUAUGAAUAUAUGCCCAACAAAAGCCUUGAUUUUCUCCUCUUUGAUUCAACUAGAAGCUCAGACCUAGACUGGAAAAGACGUAUAAGUAUCAUUAAUGGCAUUGCACGAGGUCUAUUGUAUUUGCAUGAGGAUUCUCGACUCAAAGUAAUUCAUCGAGAUCUCAAAACUAGUAAUGUUUUAUUAGAUAAUGAAAUGAAUCCUAGAAUAUCAGACUUUGGAAUGGCUAGAAUAUUUGGUGGAAAUCAAAAUGAAGCUAACACAAAGAGAGUUGUUGGAACAUAUGGAUAUAUGGCUCCAGAGUAUGCCAUGGAAGGAUUAUUUUCUGUCAAAUCUGAUGUUUUUAGUUUUGGAGUUAUAAUGCUCGAGAUUUUGAGUGGGAAAAAGAAUAGUGGGUUCUAUCUUUUGAAGCAUGGCCAAAGCCUACUUAAUUAUGCUUGGAAACUAUGGUGUGAAGGACGUGUAUUGGAGUUAAUGGAUCCUGUUAUGGUGCAAUCAUGUGUUCCGGGUGAAUUAUUGGAGGGAUGUUACAUAUUGAAAUACAUCCAUGUUGGAUUACUGUGUGUUCAGGAAGAUCCGGCUGACAGACCUAUCAUGUCAUCUUUGGUGGUCAUGUUGGCAACUGAUACAAUAGUCCUUUCUAAACCAACUGAACCUGCAUUUUCUGUUGGUAGAGUUGUCAAUUUAGCUCAAUCUUCAUCAGAAGGUAAAAUUUCCUCCUCUAUGAAUGAGCAUUCUCUCAUGAAUAUGAUACUUAUAUUUCUUUCUCUUCUAAGGUUGCUGAGUUUUGUUGUAGAAGCUAGUCCAAGAUAUGUUGGUCAUGAUUGCUGGAACACCACUUUCAACACAGGCAGCGCCCAUAAAACAAAGCUCAAUAUUUUCUUGACUGAUUUUCUCAGAGAUGCUUAUCUCCACAAUAAAUAUUCCAUCGGUUUCUACAAUGCUACCGCAGGCAAUGACCCUGACAAGUUGUAUGCCCUCUUUCUUUGCCGCGGCGAUGUCAGUCUGGACAUCUGUGAACGCUGUGUAACUGUUGCAACCAAAAACUUAACUGAUCUUUGCCCAAUUGGAGAACAAAGCAUAAUAUGGUAUGACGAAUGCUUUUUCCGCUAUUCAAACGAGUCCUUCUUUUCUAUCAUGAGCAAAGAUCCCAGUCAUGGCUAUCGGAAUACGCAAAAUAUUGCAGGCAGUGCAGAGAUAUUUGGUGAGAAACUUAAAAGUUUGUUGACCAAGGCUACGGUUGAGGCUCUAAAUACUUCUAAAAUGUUUGCAACCAGAAAGGUUAAUUUAGAUGCUCUUCGUACACUGUAUGUUCUAGUGCAGUGCACGCCGGACCUGUCAAAACUUGAUUGCAAUACAUGUCUUGAAGGCGCUGUGUCAACAUUGGGAAGGUAUUCAACAUAUGUAGGAGCAAGAGUGAUGUCUCCGAGUUGUAAUGCCCGCUACGAACUGUACAAGUUCUACAAUGAAAUAAUGCCACCGGCACCUCCACCACUUCGGUCUCCACCCUCACCUCCUCUUCCUUCUGAAGGACAAACAAAAAUAUGGAUUGAAAUUGGCGUGACGGGUUCGUUGACUAUAGUAGUAGUGCUCGGCUCUUUCCUUCUGUGGAGAAGACACAAAAGAGAUAAAGAGGAGAAAGCAACUAGCAAUCAUGUAGUUCAAUUGCUUCGCUUGGAAGAGGGCAGUGUUGGAGGUGAUGAUUCAUAUGAUAUAAUACAAGGACAGGAAACUCAAGAGUUUCCCCAUUUUUCAUUAGGCAUUAUACUAGAGGCCACACAAAAUUUUUCUGAUGAAAAUAAGCUUGGAGAAGGUGGGUUCGGUCCCGUGUACAAGGGAAUAUUAGUGGAUGGUAAGGAAAUUGCAGUGAAAAGGCUUUCAAGAACAUCUGGGCAAGGGCUAAAAGAGUUGAAAAAUGAAGUUACUUUAAUUUCCAAAUUACAACACAAAAAUCUUGUGAGACUUUUGGGAUGCUGUCUGGAGGGGAAUGAAUCGAUGCUCAUCUAUGAAUAUAUGCCCAACAAAAGCCUUGAUUUUCUUCUCUUUGAUUCAACUAAGAGCCCAGAACUAGACUGGAAAAGGCGUAUAAGGAUCAUCAAUGGCAUUGCACGAGGUCUAUUGUAUUUGCACGAGGAUUCUCGACUCAAAGUAAUUCAUCGAGAUCUCAAAACUAGCAAUAUUUUAUUAGAUAAUGAAAUGAAUCCAAGAAUAUCAGACUUUGGAAUGGCCAGAAUAUUUGGUGGAAAUCAAGAUGAAGCUAACACCAAGAGAGUUGUUGGCACAUAUGGUUACAUGGCUCCUGAGUAUGCUAUGGAAGGAUUAUUUUCAGUUAAAUCUGAUGUUUUCAGUUUUGGAGUUCUUCUGCUUGAGAUUUUGAGUGGGAAAAAGAACAGAUUCUAUCUUUCAGAACAUGGCCAAAGCCUACUUAAUUAUGCUUGGAAGCUAUGGUGCAAAGGACGUGCAUUAGAGCUAAUGGAUCCUGUUUUGGUGCAAUCAUGUGUUUCGGUUGAAUUAUUGAAAUACAUACAUGUUGGAUUGUUGUGCGUUCAGGAAGAUCCAAUUGACAGGCCUACCAUGUCAUCUUUAGUGGUCAUGUUGGCAAUGGAUACAAUAGUCCUUCCUAAACCAACUGAACCUGCAUUUUCUGUUGGUAGAGUUGUCAAUUUAGCUCAGUCUUCAUUUGAAGCUAAAGUUUCCUCCUCCAAGAAUGAGGUAACCCUUUCAAGUGUUUCACCUCGAUGACAAUUGCUCUAUGGUUAAUUGCUUUUCUUAAAAUUUUCUUUAUCUUGUGUACACAAAUGGAUACACAUUUGGUGUGUGUCAUCAACAAAUGGCUAAUUACUAUAUUU